AUGUGUGCAUCUAUUGAAUUUCGUUUAUUCGCACCACGUAUUGAACAUGUUUUUCUUACUGGUUCGUUUAAUGAAUAUCAAGAUAUUGAAAUGUGUAAAGAUGUGAUAACAGGUGAAUUUUUUACCAGAAUCAAUCUUGAAGAUGGCGAAUAUCUAUAUAAAUAUCGUAUAUCAUCUCGAAAUGAUCCAAAUAAAAUAAUCGAUAUUAUUGAUCCAUAUGCAACUAGAGUUGAAGAUGAUGAUAAAGGUGCAAUUUUAAAAAUUCAUCAAGGUAAAAAAGUAAACGGAAAUGAAUAUAUAUGGAAAUAUGAUGGAAAAAAAUUACCUGAAAAUAGAGAUUUAAUUAUUUAUGAAAUAUUUAUUGCUGAUUUUACCGAAGAAGGCACAAUUUGUUCAGCAAUAUCGAAAUUAGAUUAUUUAGCAAAUGAUUUAGGUAUUAAUUGUAUUGAAUUGAUGCCUGUUCAAGCAUUUCUUCUUGGUCAUGAUUGGGGUUAUACAAUACGACAUUUCUUUGCUGUUGAACCGUCAUAUGGUUCAUUAGAAGAUUUGAAAAAUUUUAUUGAUCAAUGUCAUUCACGUGGUAUACGCGUUAUGAUGGAUGUUGUUUUUAAUCAUGCUCAUACUGAUUGUCCAUUGAAUAAAAUUGAUUCGACAUAUUGGUUUUAUGAAGGAUUUCAUCAUCCAGAACAUCCUGAAGAAACUUGGGGACCUGAAUUUAAUUAUGAUUUCGAAGAUGAACAACAUGGAAAAAUAAAACCAGCUUUAAAAUUUAUUGGAGAUGUUAUUCGAUUUUGGAUCGAAGAAUAUCAUAUUGAUGGUAUGAGAUUUGAUGCAGCAAAACAAAUCGAUAAUUAUAAAGCAUUGGAACAUUUUGAUUCUAUUGGUCAUUCUCUUCGUUCACCAUUUUAUACAGUAGCAGAAUAUAUUCCAGCAACAUCAGAUAUUGUCAAACCAAAAGGACCAUUGGAUAGUGUCUGGCGUAAUAUUGUUCCGCUUCUUCAAGAUCAACUUCAAUUUCCUGAUAAUACUGCUUUUCUUAAAAGAUUUCUUCAAACAAGUGAACCAAUUCAAGAUGAACCGUAUAUUUAUACAACAUCAGUCGUUAAUCAAUGGGCAUGUCAUGAUAAUGAACGAUUAUUAUAUCAUAUUCAUCAAAUAGAUUAUUUUGACGAAGAAGCAUUUAAACGACUUAAAAUAGCUGCUAGUUGGUUAUUAACAAUUGUAGGUAUUCCACUAAUAUGGAUGGGUGAUGAAUGGGGUGAAGAUAAAAUUAUUGGUAAUGAAAAUCGUACUAAAAAAAUUAAUAAACUUGAUUGGUCUGUUCGAUUAAAACCGCAUCAACAUUCGCUUUUGGAUUGUUAUCAUCGAUUAAUUUCACUUCGUAAAUCAUCAUCAGCUAUUAAAUCUGAAAAUAUUAAUUUCUUUCAUCAAAAUUUUGAAAAACACAUAAUUGCUUAUUAUCGAUGGUCGGAUGAAACAAAUGAAGUAGUUGUUGCUGUAUUUAAUUUUUCAAUGAAAGAUCAACAAAACUAUUGUAUAACUAAUUGGCCAAAAAAUAGCCAAUGGCAAGAAGUAAUUGGUCAAACAGACAUUCAGAUAAAUAAAAAUGAACUUGAGAUUGAUUUAAAAUCUUACGAAUCGAAAAUAUUUGUAUUUAAAGGAUAA